UCGGCUGAUUUGGGCGGGACGAGUGAUCCGUACUGCAUUGUGACCCUGGAUAACAACAGGGCCCAAACAAAUACAGUAUACAAGAGCGUUAAUCCAGAGUGGAAUAGAACCUUUACUAUAGACAUUCAAGACAUACACUCGGCUGUCGAGGUGACAGUAGUGGAUGAGAAUAGGAGUAAAAAGAUUGAUUUCCUUGGCAAAGUCGCUAUUCCAUUAUUAAACAUUAAAAAAGGCCAAAGAGUGGCCUAUCAACUAAAAGACGCAAAAUUAAUUGGGAAAGUGAAAGGAACCAUUGAGUUGGAGAUGGAUUAUGUUUAUAACCCUGUACGUGUGUGUGUGUGUGUGUGUUUGUGGGGAACUAUUACCAUUGUGAUUAAGAUGACGAUGAUGAUGAUGAUAGUGAUUUUGGUGGUGAUGAUGACGAUGAUGAUUGUGAUUACUAUUAUUAUUUAUUAUUAUUAUUACUAUAAUUAUUAUUAUUAUUUUCAGUCCAUAGAAUCAGAUGCUAGCGAGUUUGAAAUUAAGUCAGAGGCGUUCGACCGAGAAGAAAGAAAAUCUUUACUGGAAAAAUUCCAAGCAUUACAGGAAGUCUGCCUGAUGGUGCAAGAAAUUUUGGACGUCGUAGCAUCUCUUUUCGAAAGAAUUCGCAAUUUAUUUCUGUGGAAGUCGCCGUGGCUAACUUCGCUGGCUCUCCUCACUCUAACGAUAGUCUUCUUUGUAUUGCACAACGUACCGUUGAGAUAUAUCUUGUUGGCUUGGGGUAUAAGAAAGUUCUCAAGACGACUCUUUGAUCCUAGCUACGUUGAUGUCAAUGAGAUAUAUGAGUUUAUAAACAGGCUACCUUCGGAUAAUGACCUAGUU